UUUAUUGGACUCACGCACAGUUAUGGGGGAUCUAGGAUGGAUAGCCUACCCGAAAAAUGGGUGGGAAGAAAUUGGUGAGGUGGAUGAAAAUUAUGCUCCAAUACACACAUACCAAGUGUGCAAAGUCAUGGAACAGAACCAGAACAACUGGCUUCUGACUAGCUGGAUCUCCAAUGAAGGGGCUUCCCGGAUUUUCAUUGAGCUCAAGUUUACUCUGAGAGACUGUAACAGCCUUCCUGGAGGCCUUGGGACUUGCAAAGAGACUUUCAACAUGUACUACUUUGAAUCGGAUGAUGAAGAUGGGAGGAACAUCAAAGAAAAUCAGUACAUCAAGAUCGAUACCAUUGCUGCUGAUGAGAGCUUCACUGAGCUAGAUCUCGGAGACCGAGUCAUGAAGCUGAACACAGAAGUGAGAGAUGUUGGUCCUCUUACCAAAAAGGGAUUUUACCUGGCUUUCCAGGAUGUAGGGGCCUGCAUAGCCCUUGUCUCUGUGCGAGUGUACUACAAGAAAUGCCCUUCAGUUAUUCGCAACCUGGCCCUCUUUCCUGAUACCAUCACUGGAGCAGAUUCCUCCCAGCUGCUGGAAGUGUCAGGCUCAUGUGUAAACCACUCAGUGACUGAUGAGCCUCCCAAGAUGCACUGUAGUGCAGAGGGGGAAUGGCUGGUGCCAAUUGGAAAAUGCAUGUGCAAGGCAGGGUAUGAAGAGAAGAACAAUACGUGUCAAGUCUGCAGACCUGGGUUUUUCAAGGCUUCUCCCCACAGUCCAUCUUGCAGCAAGUGUCCCCCACACAGCUACACACUGGAGGAAGCCUCUACCUCCUGCCUAUGUGAAGAACACUAUUUCAGAAGGGAAUCAGACCCACCUACAAUGGCCUGUACAAGACCCCCCUCAGCUCCUCGGAAUGCCAUCUCAAAUGUUAACGAGACUAGUGUCUUUCUGGAAUGGAUUCCUCCUGCUGAUACUGGUGGAAGGAAAGAUGUGUCUUAUUAUAUUGCAUGCAAGAAGUGCCACUCACACUCAGGUCUGUGUGAGGCGUGUGGCAGUCAUGUCAGGUACCUCCCACAGCAAACCAGCCUGAAAAACACCUCUGUCAUGAUGGUGGACCUGCUUGCCCAUACAAACUAUACCUUUGAGAUUGAGGCAGUGAAUGGAGUGUCCGACCAGAAUCCCGGAGCACGACAAUAUGUGUCUGUAAAUGUAACCACAAAUCAGGCAGCACCAUCGCCAAUCAGUAGUGUGAAAAAAGGCAAGAUUACUAAAAAUAGCAUCUCCCUUUCCUGGCAGGAGCCAGAUCGACCCAACGGGAUCAUCCUGGAGUACGAAAUCAAAUAUUUUGAAAAGGACCAGGAGACCAGCUACACCAUCAUCAAAUCAAAAGAGACAACAAUCACGGCAGAUGGCUUGAAGCCAGGUUCAGCAUAUAUCUUCCAAAUCCGAGCCCGUACGGCGGCAGGGUAUGGUGGCUUCAGUCGAAGAUUUGAGAUUGAAACCAGCCCAGUGUUAGCUGCAUCCAGCGAUCAGAGCCAGAUUCCUAUAAUUGCUGUGUCUGUAACAGUGGGAGUUAUUCUUCUGGCCGUUGUUAUUGGUUUCCUUCUCAGUGGAAGUUGCUGCGAUCAUGGCUGUGGGUGGGCUUCUUCCCUGCGUGCUGUUGCCUAUCCGAGCCUAAUAUGGCGGUGUGGAUAUAGCAAAGCUAAACAAGAUCCAGAAGAGGAAAAGAUGCACUUCCAUAAUGGCCACAUUAAAUUACCAGGAGUAAGGACUUAUAUCGACCCACAUACCUAUGAGGACCCCAAUCAAGCUGUCCAUGAAUUUGCCAAGGAGAUAGAAGCUUCAUGCAUAACAAUUGAAAGAGUUAUUGGAGCUGGUGAGUUUGGUGAAGUCUGUAGUGGACGUCUGAAGCUGCAAGGAAAACGUGAGUUUCCAGUGGCCAUCAAAACCCUCAAAGUGGGCUACACUGAGAAGCAAAGACGAGAUUUCCUGGGGGAAGCAAGCAUUAUGGGACAGUUCGAUCAUCCUAACAUCAUUCACUUGGAGGGUGUUGUGACAAAAAGUAAACCAGUAAUGAUAGUAACUGAGUACAUGGAGAAUGGCUCUUUGGAUACAUUUUUGAAGAAGAAUGACGCGCAGUUCACAGUAAUUCAACUAGUUGGAAUGCUGAGGGGAAUUGCAUCUGGGAUGAAAUAUCUGUCUGACAUGGGCUAUGUACACAGAGACCUUGCUGCCAGAAAUAUCCUAAUCAACAGUAACUUAGUCUGCAAAGUAUCUGACUUCGGACUGUCCCGAGUCCUAGAAGAUGACCCUGAAGCAGCCUAUACCACAAGGGGAGGCAAGAUCCCAAUCCGAUGGACUGCACCAGAAGCCAUCGCCUUCCGCAAGUUCACCUCAGCCAGUGAUGUCUGGAGCUAUGGGAUAGUGAUGUGGGAAGUCAUGUCUUAUGGAGAGAGACCUUACUGGGAGAUGACCAAUCAAGAUGUGAUUAAAGCAGUGGAGGAAGGCUAUCGUUUGCCAAGCCCCAUGGACUGCCCAGCAGCUCUUUACCAGCUAAUGCUUGACUGCUGGCAGAAAGACCGGAACAGCAGGCCCAAAUUUGAUGAAAUUGUCAGCAUGUUGGAUAAGCUCAUCCGUAACCCUAGCAGCUUGAAGACAUUGGUUAAUGCAUCAAACAGAGUGUCAAAUUUAUUAGUAGAACAUAGCCCGGUGGGAAGCAGUGCCUACAGAUCAGUAGGUGAAUGGCUGGAAGCCAUCAAAAUGGGACGGUAUACAGAGAUUUUCAUGGAAAAUGGAUACAGUUCAAUGGAUGCUGUGGCUCAGGUGACUUUAGACUCUAAUUCUUGCCAAGGGACGAAUCUCCUUGUGAAAAGUGGAGCCUCACCCUCCACCCCCUCUUUCCGACCGGAUAUCAGACUUGAAGGAAACUGUGCCACUGGACAAGGCCUGCUCUUUAAACUUUGGGACCAUCUAGUGACUUUGAGUGGGCCUGGAGCUCUAUCAUUACACAGCAAGAAUAACUUUACCAGGACAACCCUCAAGAAUAGAUAGAUCAUGACUUGACUCUCAAUCUCACACUUGGCUGGACCUAUUGCUAACAAAAUGUGGACUCCAUACCAUACCUUUUGAAAGAUCUGUACUCACUGAAUCUCAGGACACCCUGUUGUUUGUUAUUAGUUGAAUAGCUCUGAAUAUUUGUAAUGAUAUGUGUUGUGUUACUCUGCAUUGUAAUUUUUCUUAUAAAAUAAAAUAAAUUAUUUAUUAAAAAAAAACACCGAAUGAAAAAUA